AUGCACGAUAAUUUACGGAUAACAGAAUACGUAUUGUUCAAUUCAAUUACAGCAAUACGAACUGAUUAUUAUAAAUAUCGAGGUAUAUGCUAAUAUUCAAAAUGUUACCCGUGUUUAAAUCUAAUUGUUUUCUAAAUAAUUGAAUAUUGUAAUAUUUUAAUAAACAUUUAUGCUUUUUUAAUAUUACACUUAUAUGAAUUUACGAAAUUCGUUAAAAAAUAUUGUUUAAUUCUGAUUAAUCAAAUGUGUUGUACAAUAUUUUUAGUUUUAUGGAUACAUCCACAUGUAUCGCUUCGUGUUUUGUAGAUGAUUUUAUUAUUUUUAUCAUUAUCAUUAUUGUUAUUAUUACUGUUAUUACUGAUAUUAUUACUAUUAGGAUUGAAAUAAUUCAUAUAAACACUUAUGAAAGACAAUAAACGAUUUUUAUAUUUUUAGUAUGAUAGAUCAAGUAUUCAUAAAAAAUCUUAUACAAUUUAUAAUUACUAAAUAUUGCUAAGUAAAAAAUGGCAUUUCUGUUGAUAAUUAUUAAUUCAGAUUGCUCUUUAAAAAAAAAACUUCAUUGAAAAAAAAAGUAUUGUACUAACAAGUGGAUGUUGAUUGGUACUGUAAAUAAAAUUAAAUUUAACAUUGUAGAACGCAAAUUAUAUGAGCAUUCAAAAAAAUAUUUUUUUUGAUUUAUAAUAUUUAUUUUGUUACGUAUAAAAAUCGUAACAAAAUAGUAAUUUAACAUAGUCUAGUCCUUUUUAAAGUAGGAACUACCAUGCUGGUAAUUAUUUUGCUGUGACAUAAUAGCCAAAAAGAAAGUGAUUUCAUUAAAUCUUAAAUCAAAAUUUUAUAUUUUAUAUACCAAAACAAUAAUACUGUGUAGUAUGCAUUCUGAGAAGAUAAAAACAAAUUCUGCUCUUAUAUUAUUGAUUUUUAUAUAAUUAAUAAGCGUUAAUUUUCAAUGCUGCAUAAAAAACUUUUUGUACCAUAAAUAAUUCAAAAGUUAAUUUUUUAUUAGAUAUAAAAUUGUAUUUCAAUAAGUUAUCUUUUGUUAUGAUAUUACUUCUCUCCUUUCAGUUAAAGUUUAUGUAUUGUGAAUGUUUCAUUAGCCAGAAUAUAAAUUACAAAUAUAUUUUAUUUCUUUAAUUUUUUAAUUUUAUUGCAUAUUUUUUGAUGUAUGAAUUAUUUAAAUAUCUAAAUUAUGUUAUUUAUGUAUUUUAUUUUCUGGCUUGUAAUAAUAAUAGAAUAUUUAAUAUUUAUUUAAUUUGGGACUAAAUUGUAUUACACGCACACGAAACGUUAUGUUUAUAUGUUUUUACAUCUUUAAUAUUUAUUACAAAUUUACACAAUUAUUGUAAUUAAAUUAUUAAUAAUUUAUUACUAUCAUUACUAACUGCAGUAAUAUAAUAGUAUAUUAUUGUACUUUGCUCUUUAAUAAUAAAUCAAUAAAAGUAAAAUAUCUUGAGUUCUAUUUUUUUUAUACUUCAAAAUAAAGCACACGUAUAAUUUGAUGAAAUAUAUCAGAAAUCUUCGAAUUACUACUAUUACUACUACUACUACUACUACUACUACUAUUAUUAGUAAGUAUAUGAAUAUUUAAAAUGAUUAUAUAAAUAAAUCAAUUUAUUUUUUGCACUAUAAGUUUUAUUAUUCCAGUAUCGUAUAGAAAUGAUAAUGUUUGAAAUAUACAUACACUUUCAAUUUGUGCAUAUUUCAUUGUACUAGAUAUCGAUUGUAUUUUUAUUUUUUAUCUCUUGCAAAAGUUAAAAAUGUUAUAUUUGAUGUUAUGUGCAUAAAAUAUUUGAUAUCAGAGGCCUACUUAAUGAUUGUAUUUCAUUAUAAUAUCAUGUUAAUUAGUUAUUAAUUUCUAUAUUGCAAAUGACUUUAAUAAAGUAAAUUAAGAAUAAUACAACAUACAUUCGCACAUAUAUAUAUAUCUUAAAUUCAGUCUACUUGAUCAUCGUAUAAAUUAAUGUAGUCUGAUAUACAGUACCAGUUUCGUCUUCAAAAAUGUUUAUAAUCAUCAAUAUUUAAGAAGAAAAGGCAAUAUAAAACGAUAUGAGAUUGAUACUUUAGAUCGUUAA